AUGUUAAGGGCAGUGGUGGAAAGCCAGUCCAUUGAAGAAAAUUGCUCAGCUAACAGCUCAGCGGAGAGCUCUCCUCGAAGCUCUAUGAAGAGACCGGAAACUGGCGAUCUGAAGACAAUAAGGCAAGAAUGUCCCGAUCCUGACGAUCCACGACAGCUGAUAAGGAAAAAAGAGCGCAAGUCACAGUCGAUGGCGGUGCAAGAUGUUGAUAUCUUCCGCGUGUCAUCCACCGGUACACCACAUCGAUUUCCUCGCAAUGAUCUUCUGAGCAGCCGUCUAACCAGCUUCUUUUCUGGGCAGUCAAGCCUCUCCAUUACCGUGGAAGGUGCUGCGCAAGUCUUCGAUCCGUACAUCAUGAUGGGAUGA